UACGACCGACCAUUAUAGGCUCGUGCAAUGGCUUCCUCUGUCACCACGAAGUCCAUCUUGGGGCGAUCCAUCAUCUCCACAUCUCCAAUCCUGUUACUGGUGAGUUUUUAUCUCUCCCAACACCUUCAAAGCCGGAUACAGUUCGAGGCCGUUAUGGUUUUGGGUUCAGCCCCAUCAGUGAUGUCUAUAAGCUAGUUCGGAUUGUGCCUACACAUAAACAAGUAAUGGUUUUGACUGUUGGCUCUGGGAUUUGGAGAGAUAUUGGGCACCCUCCCGACUCUUUUCAUGGAGAAACGUUGGGGAAACCUUGUGUCUACCAAAACUAUUUUGGUAGAGUGAAUGAUCAUGGGAUUUAUGUCAAUGGGUUUCUUCAUUGGAUUGGGUACAGGGACCCGUCUCGUUUGGCAUGGGCCUUCGAUGUUGAAAGUGAGCGGUUCCAAGAGUUACCACUACCACCUUGUUCCUAUGAUCCAAGAACAACUUGUUUUAAGCUCGGAGUAUUGAAAGGUUGGCUCUCUGUCAUUAACUUGAGUGAUGUUAUCAGUGUUUGGGUGAUGAAGGAUUAUGGGGUGAAGGAGUCUUGGACUAAAGAGCACGAGUUUAAAAACCCGGUUGGUUAUUUUGGCACUUUCAUGUUGAAAGCUAUUACUGAGGAAGGGCAAGUUUUGGGGAUACAUCAGGAUAGAUUGCAGGCUUAUACUCCCACAACAACGGGCCUUGUGACGGUUGAGGUUGAUGGAUUACCUUCAUGGAUUUCUGAGGCAUGGGACCUUGUUCCGAGCUUUGUUUCACUUAAGGAUAUUGCCAGAGGGUUGCAGCUUGAAGGACUUCAGGGUGUUUCCAAACUGGAACAAUCUUGACUGUGGAUGAGCGAGGCCUUUACGGGAAAACAUGCAUUGUCAUUCAAGGUAUAUAUGUUACCGGCUGGCUGAUUAAUAGUACAUUUUCAUUGCAGAUUGAUAGUGGCUUAUUGACUCCAACUAUGAAAGUUCAAAGGACGAGUUGUGGCUCAGUACGAGGAGAAAAUAGAGAAUCUGUACAAGUAAACCUCUUAUCCAGAAAUUUAGAAAAGCACUUUAAAAUGCAGGAAAUUUAUAUGAAAGAAGUAUUGCAAAGCAUAGAUAGGUCGCCAGUCCAAUGCUUUUUUAGUCCCAUUUUAGGUCAGUUCCUUACUGUCUCAUCAAACAUUAUGUACUAGUUAAAGUUUUUGGAUUUAUAGUCUGUAACAGUGAGAGACAAGAAUGCUUGAAUUCUGUGCAUUUCUUACUUCAUUUCUAAUAGUUUGCAGCAGCAGUUGUGCAGCACACCCUGCAUAAGGUUGUAAUCAUGUAUAGGAUUGAAAUUGGUUUGAUAGGUCGAGGUCGUCUUGUGCUUAGCCUGCUUUGGCACAUUUGAGGUCAUACUUAAGUGAAUCAAAUCAAACAUGAAUAAAAUAUUAGACUUGUUCACAAA